AUGGAGAAUCAAUUGGAGAUAAUAAAAUCUGAAAAGGGCAACGAUUUAGCGUUGACAUUUUUAAAAAACAUAUGUUUUGAAUAUUUAUCCACCAUACUAUGUAUCCACAAAUUACAUGUGGAUUUUGAAAAAGCCGCACAUGAAGCCGCAAAAACUAUGUUUCCUAGAAUAGCUAUCAUUGGAUGUAGGUUCCAUUUAGGUCAGGCUUGGUGGCGUAAGAUACAAGAACACAAUAUUUUAAGAACUUCAUAUUUGAUAGAUGGAGAUGAAUUAGGCAUUUGGUUAAAAUCAUUUUUUGGAUUACCGUUUCUCCCAGUGGAAAAGGUUGAAGAAGGCUUUUUAGAACUCAUGAGUACGUGUCCAAACGAAAAUGGCUAUAUAUUUUCUGAUUACAUACUUAAGUCGUACAUAGAAUCUGGUUGUCUAUUCCCCCCUGAAUUAUGGGCAAGUGAACCUUCAAUUAGUCCAAGGUAACUUACAUUUUAUUUUUUAUAAUACAUUUUAUUUAGGGAUACUGAAAAAAAUUGUAUUGUUAAAACCACAAACGGAGCAGAAAGUUUUCAUAAAAUGUACAACGGACAAUUUCACAGUGCUCACCCACCAACGCAUGUAGUAAUAUCUGUACUAAAGGAAAUACAAGCUGAAACUAUGACAAAAAUCAAUUCAAUUGCUAGAAACAUGCACAGUAAAAUGGGAUCAUUCGAUUUAAAAUUGAUAUUUGAUAUAAUAUGCUGCAAUGGAUCAGUGGACGGUAACAACUAA